AAGUUUUGCCAUAUAAGUGUAUACAGUCUGUGUGUAGGACACUUCAAUUCCUGUUUAUUGUUGGAUUUAUUCAGUUUUCUAUGAGACUGUGAUAGGCCUAGAACUUGGCCUGACGGGGAUAGAGAUUCCUAUAUCAAAUACGCUUCCUCAAAUACGUAAACGCCCCUGUUCAAGGAAAUUCAAUUCGCAUUCUGGAACUUAGGGCUUGAGUUUGUUCAUAUCUGUGUAUUGGACAGUGUCAUCGGCCCAACUUGGCAUUGCCAAUGGAUUAUUAUAACUCGUAACUGGAUUACCACAUUUUUGACAGUAUAUCAAACCUAUAUAAUUGGGUCUGACGGUGAUAAAGCUUCCGAUAACGGGCUUGAUACACUCCUCACGGUGAUUUACGUUGUCUUAAACAGGACACAGGAAGCUGAAAUCAGGAUUAAACUGGAUUAUUACAUUACUCUGACAGGACAUUUUGGCUGAUUUUAUUUCGAGAGGAUAUUCGAAUCAGAUUUCAAGAUGCCGUUGCCGGGCCGGAACACUAGCAACGGCUCCUACAGUCUGACUCCCACGCCUCCAGGCAAACAGCAGCAGCCAGCUUUCACGUUUGGCUCCACAGAUGUCCUCUACCAAACGCCUGGGCCUCCUUCCUUGGGGGACCACACCUAUAGCAACCCUGCCGUCUCAAUAGAGAGCUUGAACAACUUGCCUGCAAUCCUUCAAACAGAUUCUGCAGUUCCAGAAACAAACGGAUAUGACGUCAGAGAGACACACCAAAACGGAAGUGAUUCAAAUCGAAUUAUCACUGGACGAAAAAACAGACUAGAGAAAUCAACAUCCGUGACGUCAGAAAAUGACGUCCAAUUAGAUUUCACGGGUGCUCACGCGGGAUAUAAUCCACAGUACAAACGACAAGGGCCGGGCGUUUCGCACAUCAAUGGCAGCGCCCUCAGCGGUAAAAAUACGUCGCCGGUUGAGGCAAAGUGGAUCCAGGAGAAGAGUAGUAGUGGAGAUGGGACUGUCGAGGCGAAAGAAACGCCGUGUGUUUGUAAAAACCGCAGAUGUUUAUUUGUUUUCGUUGUACUUCUGGUGCUCGCUGUGAUUUCAGCUGCUGUUGUGCUUGCCUUAUAUUUCACACUUAUAAACCCAGAGGCAAUCACGGGCGCUGAAAACAGUAAUUGGUUUCAAGCAACCACAAGAAUCCCCCUAGCGGAUGGGGAGAGAAACAGCCAAGAGUUUGACAGCUAUUAUCAACAACUUCCCAGCGUGCUCAUCGCUAGAGUUGACGCAAUCAUGAGGGCGGACCCUACCCUAGCGCCCUCUUACGAAUAUUCACAGCUUGACAGUCUCAGAAAUGGCAGCAUCGUGGCCGAUUUCCACCUCAUCUACAAUAAGAAAGUCGAGACCAAAAAGGUGAAGGAGACCUUACAGAAGGAAUUGACCCAGCUCAAAAUAAACGACAAAAAAUCCUGGAAGUUGGACCCAGAUAUAAAGGUGAAAGCGUUAUUUUAUCUCCCGCCGCCAAAACCGCCAAAACCAAAGUCAAGUUCGACAGUAACCAGCGGUGCUACGAAGAAACUAUCGCCAAGUGCUACGCGGACGGCGAGUUGGUCGUUGCGAACUGCUGAGACAAGAACACCAGAUAAAACUCAGGAGCCUUCUAAGACCCCGUUGGAAAGUUCUACCUCUAUCAAGUCUUCCACGCAUUCCAUGACCCCCCUCCCGACAACAUCUCCACCAGGAACGCCGAAAACAAUAGGGCCCACGUCGACUACCACCUUCCAUUGCUCGCCGCUUAUAUCGACCUUGACCUCAUCGCCGAGUCUCUGGCCAACUCCGACAGUCACUGUGGCACCGACAGUGACUCUGACAACAACUCCGACACCAGAAUUCCCUUGCAAAUCUAGCGAGUUUCAGUGUGUCUCAGGGCAGUGUAUAUACGCGCACCAGCGAUGUGACACCAUCAUUCAGUGCGAUGACAAGUCAGAUGAAGCCAAUUGUACUGGAGUGUGUGAGCGUGGCUUGUACCGAUGUCCGGAGGGCAAGUGUAUCAUGACAGAAUGGGUUUGUGACGGUGACUGGGAUUGUAUCAACGGCACAGAUGAAAAGGGCUGCAGGCAGUGUAAUGAAAGUGACUUCCAGUGUACAGACUAUAGUUGUGUUCCAAUGUUAGCGCGAUGUGAUGGUGUUCCACAUUGUAAUGACUCCUCAGACGAACACCAUUGUGUUCGUAUCAACAAUGUGACGUUUAAUGUUGAGAUGUUACACCAAGGCCAGUGGCUAGCGGUGUGUUCUGCUGGUAUCAACUCAUCUAUAGCAGAGGAUAUCUGCACUAGCGUAGGAAGCGGGUAUCUCCAGCAGCUUUCCUCAGUUACUCACACUUCUUCCAACUACCUCCAAUACAAUACAAGCCAGGGCGGCACCUCCCUACCAGGCUCGUUACAAAAAAGCACAACAUGUCCCGACAAUAAAGUUGUAAGGGUAAAGUGUGCAGAUUUAGUGUGCGGCACUCCAGCGUCCAGUAUCUUGCGUCCAUAUGUGGUCCACGGCUACACGGCCCCGCAGGGCAAAUGGCCCUGGCAGGUCUCGGUGCGAAAGCUGACCCAGCAUAUCUGUGGUGGAGUGGUGUUGACUGAGAGGCACAUAUUAACGGCGGCUCAUUGUGUUGAGGAGAUGUACGAUUCACCUCACAUCUAUGAAGUCGUGUUAGGAACGUCCAAACUCUACAUGACGGAGAAAAACCGAGUGGUUGCCACCGUCCAGAAAAUGUGGAAGCACCCAGAGUUCAGUAAUUUCAAAGAGGGCCACGACGUCGCCGUUCUUAUGUUAAAAAAUCCGAUCCAAUUUUCCGACAAAAUACGCCCAGUGUGCCUGCCGAGAAGUAGCAAGGAUAAGUUCCCCGUGACGGCGCGAUGUUAUGUCACGGGCUGGGGAUACACUGAUUACUAUCAGAAGAAUGUCCCCGAUGAUUUACAAGAGGCCAAGAUGCAACUGUGGAAUACAACAAAAUGUAAUAGUACAGAUUUCUACAAUGGCACCCUCCCGUCCAGCGUCCUGUGUGCCGGCUAUCUGUCAGGAUAUAUCUCGAUAUGUCCCGGCGAUAGCGGCGGUCCGUUGAUGUGUCAAGAUGAGCACGGCCGGUGGCGUGUGGUCGGUAUCAGCAGCUUUAUGUCGAGUGGAUGUGACGUCCCAUUCCGACCGUCUGUCUUCACCGAUGUCCUACAAGAAAUAGACUUCAUACAAAAUGUGACUUCGUGCCAGUUCCGUUGUGCCAAUAAGAAGUGCCUUUAUGAUGAAUCCCUCAUCUGUAACCGAGUUGACAACUGUGGUGAUAACAGUGAUGAAAUAACGCUGUGUAACUUUAACAUCAACUGUACGUUUGAAGAUGUGUUUAUGUGUGGCUACACCGAGGACACACAAGGUACUCUGAACUGGACGCGACAUUACAAGGACACACCUACAGUCGACACGGGGCCUGGGCAAGAUCACACUGGAGCUAAAUAUUAUAUGUACUUGGAGGCCUCUACAGGGAAGCAAAGAGACUACGCCAUCUUGUGGUCACCUUUGCACCAAUCCAGCAAGAAUUCAUGCCUUCAGUUUUACUACCACAUGCGGGGAGCGGACAUCGGGAAAUUCUCCGUUCUGCAGUUGGACAGGAGUAACCCUACUGCAGCGAAGACGAUCUGGUCUGCUUCAGGCGACCAGGGCAACAAAUGGCGGAUGGGACAGGUGGACAUUGAGCAGCAGAGGUUCAGAAUCGGUUUCAGGGCAAUUCGAGGAAAUGGCGUGCUCGGAGACAUCGCUAUUGACGACAUACGUUUGUUGGAAGGGAACUGUCCAGAGUUUACAUGUGCAUCGGAUGAGUACAAGUGCCGCGACCGGACCCAGUGCAUCAACAAGAACCAGGAGUGUGACGUGAUCAUCCAGUGUUCAGAUAACUCAGAUGAAGACCAUUGCAACUGGUCCGUGAGCUGUGAUUUUGAAGAGUCGACCAAGUGUGGCUGGAUCAACUAUUAUCCGCUGUUUCCUAACUAUUUCUGGCGCUGGAAUUCCGGGAGCACGCCCACCCCAAACACCGGACCGAAGUUCGAUCACACGCUUAAGAAUGCUAAUGGUCAUUAUAUCUACCUGGAUGCAAAAAGUGGCAGCAAAGGUCAAUACAGCUUCUUCGUUUCGCAUCCGUACAAGGCCCGAUCUGCCUUCUGGUGCCUCGAGUUCUACUACCAUAUGCUCGGGCUGCCCGGCGAGGAACUAUCGCAAGAAGUACAAUUAUACGUUCUCAUCGACGGUCAGUGGAAGUUGCAUUGGUCCGCAAAACAAAACACGGGCGACUCGUGGCGAAUGAUUCGUUUGGAUUUGAAGGGGAAUGGCACGUAUCGUAUCGGCUUUCAGGGCAUAAAGAGGGAAAAACCCUUGAAUAAUAUCAGCGACAUCGCAAUUGAUGACAUCAAGACGUACGAAGGGACGUGCCCAGCGUUUACGUGUCCCACAGGGCAAGUAAAAUGCUCACAGAACCUAGAAUGCAUCGACAAGACUAAGAUCUGUGACGGGUUCUCCGAUUGUUGGGACAGUGAAGAUGAGGUGAACUGCACCGCGUAUUCCGCCAUUGUUGAUGAUGCAGGGACGGGAAAACCGGUCAACUUGGACUGUAACUUCGACCAGCAGACGAUGUGCGCCUACACCCAACCUGGAGUGACACCUGGUGAGAUGCAGUGGACACUAUAUCGGUUGACCACGCCAACGUUGUACACAGGGCCGUACUCCGACAACACAACCCCGAAAGGAAUGGGUUACUAUCUGUACCUGGAAGCAUCAUAUAACACGAGAAAAGAGGCCAAGUUUCGGUCACCAGUUGUACGGAUGUCGCAGCCACAUUGCUUACGAUUUCAUUAUCACAUGUACGGAAAAGAGAUGGGAACGCUCGGGGUGUACAUCCUGGACCCAAGUGCUCCAAACAUGCCGCUUGCAAACUGGUUUCUCCAAGGCAACCAGAAGAACAAAUGGCGGUACGCGCAACUGACGAUACCAGCGUCGGGGCCGAGUCGGCGACAGAUUGUUUUCGAUGGAACGAUUGGGCGGAAUCUUCAUAGUGAUAUUGCUGUCGAUGAUAUCCUGGUGCGCAAAGGGGCAUGUCCACAAUACAAAUGUCCUGACGGAGAAUACACGUGUAAGAACAACUCCAAGUGUAUCCCGCAGGCACAGGUCUGUGACUCGACCAAUGACUGCUAUGAUUAUGACGACGAAAAAACAUGCAUCUGCCGCAAGAAUGAGUUCCAGUGCACCAUGGGAAUGUGCAUCUUCGAUUUUAAACGCUGCGAUCAGAAGCAGGAUUGUCCAGACAACAGCGAUGAGAAAAACUGCACCUGCAAAGCGCGGGAAAGUCAAUGUCACGACGGCAAGGAAUGCGUCCUACGCGAUUGGUUAUGCGAUCGCCAACCAGAUUGUGCCGACGGAUCCGAUGAAUGGAAUUGUUCGACAUGCACCAGUGACCAGUUUAUCUGCAAAGACUACUCCUGUGUCUCGGCGACGGCACGUUGCAACGGGGCGCGUGAAUGCCCGGAUGGAUCGGACGAACAUGACUGUGUAAAGAUCAGUCAGAGUGACGAGAUCGUGCGUGCGUACUACGGAGGACAAUACCUGGCAAUCUGCGCGGCUGAUUGGAAUCCUUCGCUUAACGAUGAACUCUGCUGGAUGCUAGGACAAAAAUCGAGUAUAAGUUCGGGGAAAAUAAAGAUGGCCCUGGUGAAAUAUCUCUCUCUAAAGAACCCGUUGUCGUCCAAUGGAUUAUUAGGCAGUAUUAUUUCAAAAAAUACCUGUGAUAACAAAGAAAUAUUGACCAUAUCUUGUAUCAAGAAAGAAUGCGGCCAACCAAAAGAUGUCCUCCUCACAACCUACAUGACGAAUGGCAAAUCGACACCAGUGACGCGAUGGCCAUGGCAGGUCUCCAUUAAUGAAGAUGGCAGCUUUCUCUGCGGCGGUACGCUGAUUAAUCAUGAGGUAGUCUUGACUGCCGCGCAUUGCUUUAUUGACAAAGAAAGGAAUCCUGUCAUUGUCUCGAAAUAUUCCGUGAUCCUGGGCAGCAAAUAUUCCGCGCCUCGAGACGGUAUCGAACCGCCCCAGGUGCGUCGUAACGCGCGCUACAUUAUCACGCAUCACUCGUACGAUACCUCGAGCCAGGCUAACGAUAUCGCGCUAAUAUUCCUGUCGGAACCGGUCGCUUAUACCGACCACGUUAAGCCGGCGUGUUUACCCGAGGCAGGAGAGGAGUUCCCGACGUCUGCUUUGUGUUUCGUGACAGGAUGGGGCAAUAUUGACCAGUCUGAUGCAUCUCCACCAGACCUCCAAGAAGCGAAAAUGCAACUUUGGCCAAAAGACAAAUGCAACUACGAGUCCUACUGGAAUGGGCAAAUCGGUAAGGACCAGAUGUGUGCUGGUUACGUCAACGGACCCCAUUCCAUCUGUUCGGGUGAUAGCGGUGGUCCGCUAGCCUGCUUAAACCAGUUUAAACACUGGACCAUCGUGGGUAUUUCUAGCUUCUUUGAGACGUCAGCGGGUUGUGCAACGGCCGGGCAGACGCCGAACGGCUUUCAACAAGUCUCGCUCAAGAAAGACUGGAUUGAACAAAACUUGGCGUCGCAAUGCAAGUUCAACUGUUCCAAUGGCCGCUGUCUCUACAACGCCGCGCUCAAAUGUAACGGCAAGGACAACUGCGGAGACAACAGUGAUGAAGGCGUCCAUUGCACCGCCCCCGCCUCACGUGCAGGUAUAAACACUGUCGGCUAUAUAGGUGGCGGGCUUGAUACGCAAUCUGCCGCGCUGAAAGUUUGUCAGUCGAACACGUUUGACUGCGGCAACGGGACGUGUAUUCCGAUGGAUCAGUUCUGCGACGGUUUCCCGCAGUGCCAGGACGGCAGAGAUGAACCUGUCAAUUGCAAUUGUACCAGUAGCCAGUUCUCCUGUAAAAAUGGCCGCCAGUGUAUUGCACAGAGCAGCGUCUGCAACCACCGCUUUGACUGCUGGGAUAGAUCAGACGAAACUGACUGCAAGUGUGAGGAUAAUGAGUUUAAGUGUGGAGACGGCCUCUGCAUCCCUAAGAGCAGUUUGUGUGACGCCAAAUUUGACUGCAAUGACAACUCGGAUGAACUCAAUUGUACGUGUAAAUCGACCCAGUUCAAGUGUAACAACUCGAUCUGCAUUGCCUCGGAGGACAAAUGUAACAGUAUGGACGAGUGCGGCGACAACAGCGAUGAAAUUGGAUGUCCCUGCCUUGAUCGCCAGAAGAAAUGUCCCGAUGGCCGCUGUAUUCAAGAGGAGUGGUUCUGCGACGGCUAUAAUGACUGUUCUGAUGGAUUCGAUGAGAAGGGCUGUGGAACGUGCAGUGCCGACCAGUUCCAAUGUCGCGACUACAGUUGUCUUCCUUUGGAGUCCCGGUGUGAUGGCGUUUCAGACUGUCUCGAUCACUCAGACGAGGAUGGCUGUUUCCGUUUCUUCCCAGUAACAACUCAACGGUUUGGCAUGGUCCAAAAGAACAUGCAAGGACAGUGGAAGUUUGUGUGCGUGUUGAAAUGGACGUCGGUCUACAGCGACUACAUCUGCCAGGACCUUGGAUUUGGCAUAUCAAGUGCGACGUCAAAGUCUACCCAUAAUGCAACAGAGGGUUACGUUCAAGUGAAUGACACUGCCGCUGGCACCAAACUUACGCCGGGAACAUUUGAGUCGAGCACCUGUCCUGCGAAGGACGUGGCUUGGACGAACUGCAAAGAAAAAGAAUGCGGCAGCCGAUCCGAUGCCCUGGUCUUCCUGACAACGUACGUCAUCGGUGGCCAGUUCGCCCAGGAGGGGGAGUGGCCCUGGAUGGGUGCUGUUUAUUAUCUCGAUCGCUUCCAAUGUGGCGCUACGCUAAUUAACGAGCAAUGGCUAAUUACUGCUGCGCAUUGCUUUCAUCCGAACAAAAAUUUGCUUCCGCACAAAGUGAACGUCACUCUUGGCACCAUCAACUCUCAGGACCCUGGCCGCUAUUCCAAGACGUUUGCUGUCCGGUCAAUCAUCUCGCAUCCGAAUUACCGCAACAUGCCUGUACCUCUCCACGAUAUCGCGCUGAUACGGUUGUCGACUCCACUCGCGCGGACGGAUUACAUUCGACCGGUGUGUCUUCCAAAGGACGGCCAUGACUUUGGCGAGAAGUCUCAUUGUUAUGUGGCGGGAUGGGGCAUCGUCAACCAAUAUGGCAAGAGCAGCACUGAUCGCCUGCGCGAGGCCAAGAUGAGGCUGUGGCAGCCGCAGAAAUGCACCGAAGUGUUUACCUCCAACUUCAACAACAACACGAUGGUCUGUGCCGGAUACAACAUGGGUUACAUCACAGCUUGCUCAGGCGACAGUGGCGGUCCACUGAUGUGCCUGGACGCGAACCAGAACUGGAUUCUAACCGGAACGCUGAGUUUCGGCAUGGACUGCUCAACGCUUAAAAAAGGUCAAACGAAACCGGAUGUUUACACGAAAAUUGGAUACUACUCGAGUUGGAUACAGGAAGUUUUGGCGCAGUAUCAGUAACUAUGGUAAUGAUUAUAGGUGUGGCGGGGAUAGUAGUCCUAGGGCUGAUAGUCCGUGUAACAAUAGCCCGCAUUGCUAAAUGUUCUGGUUAGGGUUAGCGGUACAAUAGAUCAUGCUGCUUAAUUGGUCGAAUACAAUGCUACCGGACUAUGACUCCAGGGGGACUAUAUCCGCUGUCACAUAGGUUUAGGAUAGGAAUUCUCAGGUCAGUGCGGUUUGACGGUAUAACAAACCGUAACGCAGUUGGGUGGUUUUCUUAAUUGGAACCCAGUUUGGUGGUAUUCUGAAUGCAAUUGGGUUUGUGGUUUAUUGAACUGGUCAUGCGGUCGCGGUAGGACGUCUGAAGUGGGCGGGAAACAGAAGUUGUUGGUCGCGUGAUUUCCUAAUGGAUGCGUGUGCAAGGCUUGUGGUUGCGGAGUAUUCGUAUCGUGGAACGAUUCGAAAUGGAAGAGUGAUGCUGUAGCUCUUAUUUUGGGGGAUUACAGUCAUUCAAGAGGGAUUGAACCGAGGGAAAAAACGGGAUGCAAAUUACGUGUUGGCUGUGAUGCAAGAGCUGGACUCUACGACCGGCAGACGAUGGCGUCUAUAUAUAUUAUCAUAUUUCUGUGAUGUUAUGAAUUUACGAGUUAAGUGUGAGUGGAUGUACUUGAAUAGAGCACCUUUAAAGGGAUUCUAUAAGCAGCAGCGAGGCAGGCAAGAUAAAGUUACACAAAGUUGCCAAUAGGGGUCUCUCCCAUCUUACAUUACGUGGAAAUUAUACACACUUGUACGAAGAAUAUAUUUAGUUCUGAAUCAAACAUGACCCAGUGCAUAUCAUUCACCUGAAGAUGGCCACUUUGACCCCCUGCUUCUGCCUAUAGUCCCCCUUUAAAUAGACUAUAUUCCUCUGCAAGGGGGUAGCACUGGGCGGAAUCGAGCAAAUUGACACACAUGACGUCGUGUACCCACACGUGGGAUGUCUGAUGUGAAAGUGACAAGCAAUUCCGAUUGUUUCAUGACCCUGUGAGUUCAUUUUUGACGUCAUGCUCCAUUGACCACUCAAAAAGUUUGAUUUAUUCUCAUCGGUGUCACUUUCCUGAAACGUGGGUAUGGGACAUCAUGUCUAUUGACUUUGUCUGGUGCUGUACUCUUGACGUAGGAAUACAUUCUGUGUUAGUAGUACGGUUUGUAUGAUGCAUCAGUGCACUGAUCUAGUUUGGACUGUACAUCAGUCAGUGCAUUGGUGCCUUUUGGUGGUGCAUGAAUGCUAUAGUUUGGCUCGUACAUCAGUGCAUUGGUGCACUGCAUUUAGUGCACUCCAAACAAUCAGUGCAUUGGCUGUACAAGAAUGCUAUGGCCCGUACAUCAGUGCAUUGGUGCACUGCAUUUAGUGCACUCCAAACAAUCAGUGCAUUGGUGGUGCUAGAAUGCUAGUUUGGACUGUACAUUAGUGCAUUGGUGCACUACAGGCAAUCAAUGCUUUGGUGCACUUUUGGCAGUGCAAGAAUGCACUAGUGCACUAGUCUUGUGAUGAUGCAUUCAUGCACUUAGGACGGAGCAUUAACACUUUGAUUGCCAUGGGCAGAGUGCAAAUAAAUAAAUGAACUUUGGGUAGGACAUUGACCUACAAACAGGUUUUUAGGUCAGUGGGUGGAAACAUGUUAGAGAGACACACGACCGUUCUAAAAAUAAGCAAAUCUAUCUGUGAAGGUUACACUGCGGGUAAAUUCAUAUUUCUAAGCGAAUAUCAAACUGUAAGUUCAAUGUAUAAUUCGUUUUCUUGCUGAAUCGUUCCAGGUUUACGUUAGUGGGCUUUGUCUUUGUGUACUGGACAAUUCUAACCUGAACAAAAUCAUUUUAUCGAUUCACGGAAUAAUACUGAGGCAUUGACGCAAAAUGUUAGUGUAUAUAUCAAGGCAAGAUAUUUUUAGACUUAGCGUGUUCUUUUUAGGUAUAAGUGGCAUCUUUGUGACUUAUACUCAAAGUAAAUGUUGAAUGUUUCAUAAUCAUGAUUAUAUCUUGGACUUCCUGAAACAGUCUUCUGGGAUUUUAAAAUGUGGGUCUUUGCUGCGGUAUUUGUCAUCAGAAGUAUUAGAUGAUGCCAGUUUUUCUUGUGAAAUAUAAUUGUACAGUAGAAAAAACAUAAAUAGCAUUGUAUUAUAACUGUAAAUCAGUAAAUUUGGAAUGACAAACUACAGCUUAAGAGUAAGGAAAUAUUAUGUCGGACUCUGUUUUGAUAGUUGUAGGAGUGUCACAUGUUUUUCUGUUGAAUAUCUCGGGGGUAGUACAGCUACCCCUAUUGACAAGAUACCAAGAUUUAUUAUUUUUAAUUUUCUUAUUUUUAUGUGCCAAAUGUUACUGUUAAAUGUAUUUUAUUGAUCUCAUGUUUGUCUUGUCUCUGUUCUGUUUCUUGAGGGGUUCGCAAACAAGCGAUUUUUGUCUCUGCGACUUGGGAUCAAGAUCUCAUGCAACAAAAAUUGCGGUGGUAUUUGCAGGUGAGACCUCUCGGCGACUUUGUCGAACUUCAGGUACCUAGCUCCUUCCUAUAGUCCCCCUUUAAAAAUGUGACGUCACUAUAUGUUUGUAUCUAUUUGUCAAAUUGUUGUUUGUGUUGAAGAAAUUGUAAGGUAGGGUGGUACAAUUAUUUCCCCAGGAUGAAAAUAGCCCUGACAGUGUUGAAAAGAGCUGCUUAGUACCUUUUAAGUGUACACUGAGUCUAUAAUUGUAUAUAGGGCCAUAAUUGUAACACCUUACCUUAACUGACAAACAAAUUUUUGGGAUGUUUUUGUUCGGGUACACCAGGGUUUUCGGUGAGGACCUGACCAAAUGAAAUUUGGUGGUAGCAAAAAAAUAAGGAAAUAGCACAGAAGUUGCGUUACAAGUGAGGUAUGGGGAACAUUUUGAAAUUUGAUGCUCUGAGAUGCAAUUUCAGGGCUAUUCUGUCAAAGCAAAAGUGCUCCUGGAAACAUAUUUUCUUGUAUUUACAAAAUCAUAAAAUGUCGGGAUGUUUGUGGGUAUAGGUUUGGCUCUGUGGUUAAUAAAUCGCAAAAAAUUUGUCUCGAAUCCUACUCUUCUAUAAUCAUCUUGUGAUGUAUUUAUUGAAAAAAACUUUUGUAGGGUUUUCGACAGACGUUUUCAACCAGAUUGUUAGCGACCACCCAGUAUAAACAUGGCAUAUUUAUGAUAUCGUUAAAUGUACAUAUCUCAGACUAUAUGUAUAUCAAUGUACACAUGUACAUACACACUUAUGUAUAUUGUAGUUGUUUAUGUGGAUUGUAUAUAUGGCCAACUCUAAUUUAUCAAAUGAUUAUCUAUUAGAAAAAAAUUAGUAUAAUUAUGAUAUCUAUAAAACUGUUGCAGGAAUAUUGAUGUUCAGGUUAAUUAUGAAAAAACAUUUUUCAUUAAAUUUGAAAUGUGAUUUUUAGCGACCCUGGUUCGUGAAACUUCUGACAAGGAGGGUAAGCAUCAUUAUUUGCAUGGACCUUUCUACCUGUAGCCCCUGUUGUGCAGAGUUAUUUUUAGAAUGGGAAACCCCUUUCAGUCUCCUCAAUUAGGGGUUAUCUCAAAUGACGUGAUGUUUGUUUACAUGCUGGCAAGGGCGUUGCUAUGGUUUCGACGGAAGCAAAGACUUACAUAUACUCCCCCUAUUGGAAGCAUCAGAAACCAACAUGAAGUAGAUCAGUCGGAUAGUUUUAUGCAGCAGUCAAUGUGAACCCUGUACCCCCCUUCUCAAGGGAGCAACACUUUUUACUUAGUAAGAGUGACUAUAAGUAACUUUCUGUUAGAAAUGAUGAUGGGGUUAACAAGUAGGCUAAACUACCUCUCCUUAUCGACAAUAAUUUGACAGUGUGGGGGGGGGAUUGUUCACACAUAAUUCUGGACUAAUUUGCCACUAAAUUAGUGGCGACUCCUAAGUAGGGGGGGUACAGGAUUUGCAUUGACCAUUGCAUUAUGUUCAUAACAUGACCGACAUAAAAAUCGCGAUUGAAUAUCUUUCAUUAUAAUUAUCGCCUGAAUCAUGUAACUAGAUGUAAUACUCAGAUGUUUCUACAGUACUGUGUCCACGUACCGCUAAGGUUGUAACUAUCGUGUAAUAAAUACUCAAUCAAUAUCUAUAAAGGCAUAUCAGAUAAUAUGUACAAUGAUGUAACACUAUUUUGGUGUUUUGGUGUUACGAGUUUAGAGUAGAUCGCCAGGACUGUUGACAAUAUAACACACGGAUGUAAUACUCGCGUGUUUUUUCAGUAUCUUAAUAUAGUUAUUUCAGAGUGGUCAAUUUAUUGGAGAUUCCCAAUACUUGAAAAAUUAAGGUCAUUGGGCCUUUAUGUCUCUGCGCUGGAUACGUGCAGCCGCUGAGGGAACUUACUUUUGAUUCAGGGUGUGUUCUGUAUGACAUUGUAAAUACAAGAUGUAAUAUUCAGAUGUUUCAGACGUUAUAUUAUAUUCGGAUUCAAUCUCCGUCACUGAGUUCUGAAGUCGCUUGUACCGACAAUGAUUGAUGGCUGGUGUUGGCAGAGGUUGCUAUAGCAACUGUAGUACUCCUGUGGCCGAGGUUGAUUGUGAUUCUCGAGACAAGUGAGCCGCAGUAUGUUUGGGAUGUAAUCAUUUCGAGAGGUAAAAACCUUUUGGGCGCUAAAAUUGUGCAAAAGAAAGUUCUUUAAAAUCUCUGAUUUUGACUCGCGAGGGACCACUGAUAAGGCCAAGUAACGGACUGUAGCAAAAGGAUAUGAAGCCGAAAAAGUCAUAAAUUUGGCCUCUCUCCAAACCUUCUCCCCUCCCAAAAUGGUGCAGUUUGAUGCAAUGGAAACUACUUGUCAUGCUAAUAGCUUUAACUGCCCUUGGAUAAUUAUUGAAUGAAGCCGUUUUUUUGACAGCAGACAAAAUGCCUCGCUGACCCUCGAACAAUAUUGUUAACUCUCUUUUCGCUUCAAAAUACUUCUGCUUCAGUCUCUCAGGGAAGUCUGAAGAAAUUGUGCAUGUGUCUACAUAUUGUUGCCAAUACAUUUCACUUUCAAAUGUCCUGAAAUGUACACAGGCGUGUAUCGGUUGAUGGCCAGUCCCUAGAUGAGGAUAUUCAUAGUUUGUAUCAUUUUGACAAAAACUGACAGAAAUUUUUUUAGAGUUUUACCUGCAGAGGGAGCUCCUUUUGUUGCAGAUUGCAAUGAAUAUCAUCGCAGUGACAAAAAUCGCUUGUCUGUUGAGAAUUUAGGUGAUGCACUGCAGCCGGUGAAGUAUUGUGAGAACCUAUGACACUUCGGAUAUCCGAGCUUGUUUGUUUUUUUGUCAGAAAUGUUUUUGUGGAAAUGAUAAAAAAUGGAUGACUCCUGUUUUUCACUGCCAGUUUAUUGUGUUUUAUUCUCACUAAAUGUAAAUAGCGUGACACUCUCUAUGUGCCAAAAACUGUCAAAGUCUGGAACUGACCAUAUGUACCAACAUUACAUGUUCUCCCUGUCCAUAAGACACCUCGCUAUAACGAACAUUUUGCUUGGAUCCUAAGGUGUUCGUUAUAAAGGGGAACCUCUGUAGUCAGAUGAUAUUCAUAUUGGGUGAAACUGAUUUGUAGUUUUUGAGAAAAUACUCCAAAUCCUAGUAAAAUACUACAUGCACAUUUUCUGGGGGUUGGUUUGGCUGGUCUUAACUCGGUGUAAUUGUAAACUGUGGUCCCCAUAUCCAGAGUCCUGUACAUUGUAAUUAUAAACAACUUGACAACUAUAAUACUUUGACUGGUAUCAUCUUCAUAAGAACAGCAAACUUUUUAGCUUGUUGCGUAAAGAAGUUUUUGAGGGGAAGCUGCUUUGGAAAAAUGUUGAUCAUCAUCAAAUUGCCAUGGGUGCUCCUUCCUAUUGGGGUCAAUUUAAAAUCUUGGUGCAAGCAUAGGUAGUCGUGAAACUAUUUAGUGGGGGGGGGGGCUCGGGGUAGCUCUUCCCCUGUUGACAAUCCUGCAGAAUAUCCAAGAAAACUACAUAGAAAAACGUUUUGUCAGCCAACGAGAAAGGUUUGAAGAAUUGUUGACAGGGUCACUGCCUUCAAAACCAAAUAGCAACUACGACACCCCUGUCAGAGAGGUUGUUCCAAUGUUUGGCAGUUUUUGGUUAAUGUAUGUUAAUAUAUACAUAAUUAUAAUGAGAUUCUAACUUUAUUAUAAUGUAAAAUAAAAUU